AUGCUUCCAAAGAGCAAAGGGAGAAAAGGAGUGAAGCAGCAGCAGAAGAGAGAUGCAGCAAACAAGGAAAUCCAAGCUGAAGAGAAGUACAGGAAAGCAGCACUGGAGGUUAACAUGCCAAAAGAGCAUCUGGUUCCCUGGAGGCACAUGACCUGGCAGGCAAAAGCUGACAAUGCAGGGCUCAGGCAGAGGCUGUGCGACCUGGAGCAGGCACGGGAAGACAAGCAAGACAUUCAUGAAAAAAUGACCCGGCAAUACCAAGACCUGCAGAAGCAGACAGCAGCCCACAGCCAGUACUUGGAGAUGAAGGUGAAGAGCCUGCAGGAGCAGCUUGCCACCAGGCUCUGGGAGAGCCAGCAAACCCAGGAGGCUGCCACCCAGGCACUAGCAGAGAGGGACAGGACCGUCACUCAGCUGCAGGGCAGGCUCAAUGCCAUGGAGAGGGAGUAUAAGAUCCUCCAUGGCAGCCUGGACCUUGUACUGGCCAAGAUGGCAGAGGCCAGCCAGCACUGGGAAGAGGUAGGAACAACCAUCGCUGCGGAGGACAAGGAGAGCCUACAGGAGUUCGGCCUCAACCGUCCUGGAGAUAUAGUGCCCUGGGGCUCCCAGGAUGGGACAGGCUCUCAGCCCCUACCUCCCUAUCAGCCCACCACCCCAGCUGCCCCGGGCUAG